AUGGAAGUUGAGAACGAAAGGGUAGGCCAAGGGGUUAUGGAAGCUGUGCUUGGUGACCAAUGACAUUUUCUUGGCGCAGCCGAACCUGCUCUAGCAGGUUCGGCUCGAAGCUCCUAUCAAGAUCUGUGGUGAUAUCCAUGGGCAAUAUUCAGAUCUUUUGAGGCGGGACUAUGUGGAUCGAGGAAAGCAGAGCCUAGAAACCAUGUGCGUACUACUUGCUUAUAAGAUUAAGUACCCAGAGAAUUUCUUUCUAUUGAGGGGCAACCACGAGUGUCCUUCAAUUAACCGAAUACAUGGUUUCUAUGAUGAAUGCAAGCGUCGGUUCAAUAUUCGGCUCUGGAAGAUUUUUUCCGAGUGUUUCAACUGUUUACCUGUUGCUGCCCUCAUCGACGAGAAGAUACUCUGUAUGCAUGGAGGGCUCUCUCCAGAUUUGAAGAAUUCCGGGUUGUUGUGUGAUCUAUUGUGGGCUGAUCCCGACAAAGUUGUUACAGGCUGGGGUGAUAACGACCGUGGAGUAUCAUAUACCUUUGGCUACGACGUUGUGACAAAUUUUCUGCAGAAACACGACCUGGAUCUCAUUUGUCGAGCCCAUCAGGUGGUUGAAGAUGGAUAUGAGUUUUUUGCCAAGAGGCACAUCGUCACCAUCUUCUCUGCGCCCAACUAUUGUGUUGAGUUUGACAAUGCUGGAGAGAUGAUGAGUGUGGAGGAUACACUCAUGUGUUCAUUUUAA